AUGCCCAUCAAUCAAGGUCUCAUGAAACGCAACCCAGAUCUCACUCCAGAGCAAUUUUCAGAAUCAUGGUACAAAGAUCACCGUCCUCUACUCGUUCCAUAUUUCCUUAGCUGUGGUAUAACGUAUUACGCUCAAAUCCACGCACCCCUCUCAACUACAUCCCCAGACAUAGACAUAUCAGAAUGGUCUGGAGCAGCAGAAAUGCCAUCUGAAGACGUGCUCAAGAUCUGGGCUCUAUCGACUCUCGUCCCGCAAUGGAAACAAGACUACUAUGACGAAGUAAUUCGUGCAGAUGAAAUUAGAUUGUUGGGUAUGUUGGCACAUGAACAGAUUUUGCAAGUCGGACCCGGGACUGUGAAGGGUGAGAGGAAGAUUUUGAUUAAGGAUGGGAAAGCAGUUGUUGAAGUGCCGGAAGGCGCUUGGGAAGUUUGGAGGACUUAUGAGAAAAGAGGAGAGGGACUCGAGAAGUCAAGGUGA